AGGAUUCCCUCAUCUCAGCUCAGGUACAAAGCAUGGGGCAACGAGAGGGAUGGUUUUACGUAAAUAUCUCUAUUCAAAUAAGGGAAAAAGGGAGUGGAAUGAGAUGUGUUUUUUUUAGGCAUGUCUUUUUGUUAGCUUAGAGGAACCACCGCGGGAUAGUCAACCUUUUCAGCUACGUAUUGCUCGUACUACGCAGUAUGUGAAAUUUCUUGACCGUUGCCAAAGGAAGGAACCUCCACUUCGGUCACCAAACCCCCACUAUUUUAGCUACGUGAACGGCCAGGCCCAGAGAUCAAGGUUCGGAUGCGCGCCAUUCCCACCUGCGCUUUCCGCCAAUGCUUCUUCGAAUAUAAGGGUAGAGAUCUCUCUCUCCCGCUUCAGCGUUACUCUCGCUUCUUCUUUAUUCCUCUCAUCAGCCAACACCUCAACACUUCUCGGCCGAGAAGCUUUGCUUCGUUUAUAUAUUCUUAUAUACAUCUGUAUAAGGGUAUAUAGACGUCUCGCGUACGCCGAAGUACAGUGGCUUGCAAUUGUCCUCCAGUAGCAAGUCGUACUUCGCGCCACUGACCCAGCUGGUCGCUAUAUUAAUUUCGAUAUCCGAUCGAUUUAGAUUUGUUCAAAUUCAGCUUCAGCUUCAGCUUCAAAUUUAGCAAAAUGAUGAGAGGACCGCUCGCCCGGUUCGCCCGGCCCACAGAGGUGCCGGUCGAAGAAAAACCUACUCCGGAUGGGAAUGAUAAGGAGAUCGGGGUUGUCGACAAUCAAAAUCACCACAGCGAUGCCGAGACCGAUUCCGAUGCUGUUGAUAGCAACGCUCAGGCUGGUGUCCGGAAGAUAGAGGCUACCACAAAGGUCUGGUCGAAAUCUCACUUGAUUCUGGCUUAUGCACUCAUCUGGGUUAUCUACUUCGUCGACUCGAUGCAAUCGGGAAUGAGUUCUCUUUUGACCCCAUAUGUCACUAGCGCGUUUGCGCUGCACUCUCUGACUGCCACCACGAGCGUUAUGUCCGGUAUUUUCGGAGGUGUGUCGAAGCUCACGCUAGCCAAGAUUCUAGAUAUCUGGGGUCGUCCCCAGGGUUUCUUGAUCGUCGUCCUCCUGAUGACUCUGGGUCUUGUCAUGAUGGCGGCUUGCAACAACGUCGAGACUUAUGCCGCUGCGCAGGUCUUCUACUGGGUCGGAUACAAUGGACUCAGCUACUCUUUAUCCGUUUUCAUUGCCGAUACUUCUCACCUGAAGAACCGAGCCUUGAUGUUGGCCUUCAUCUCCUCUCCCUACAUCAUUACCGUCUGGAUCACCAGUCCCGUUGCUCAGAGCGUCCUAGGUGGCAUAGGUUGGAGAUGGGGAUUCGGUAUUUUCUCCAUCAUCACCCCGAUCAUGUGCUUGCCUCUAUUUUUCCUCUUCACCUGGAACUACUCCAAGGCCAAGAAAGCCGGGUUGAUCGUCGACGUCCCUAGCAACCGGACGACCUGGGAGAGCAUCAAGUACUACUUCUGGGAAUUCGACGUCAUCUGUCUUAUCCUAGUUUCUGGUGGUUUCGCGCUCUUCUUACUCCCUUUCAACAUCUAUUCGUACCAGUACUACGGCUGGCGAGACCCGUUGACUAUCUGCCUAAUCAUCUUCGGCGGUCUACUCUUGAUUGGAUCUGUCGUCUGGGAGAAAUGGUUUGCCCCUGUUAAGUUCAUGCCUUGGGAGCUUCUCAUGGACCGAACCGUCCUCGGUGCCUGUAUUCUCUCCGCUGUUCUCUUCGUCGAAUAUUACAUCUGGACUGCCUACUUCACGUCUUUCCUCCAGGUUGUUCUUAACCUAAAUGUUACCCAAACCGGUUACAUCAGCAACAUCUACAGCUUGGGAUCGUGCUUCUUCUCGUUUAUCGCAGGUUUUGCGAUCCGUUGGACUGGUCGUUUCAAGUGGACCACACUCUACUUCGGUGUCCCGGUCACUAUCUUGAGCAUUGGUCUUCUCAUCCACUUCCGACAGCCGGGUACCCACCUUGGCUGGAUUAUCAUGUGUGAGAUUCUGUACUCCUUCGCUGGCGGUGCCUCCGUUAUCGGUGAGCAGAUGGCUGUCAUGGCCGCCGCUGCUCAUCAACACGUCGCCGUCGUUCUUGCUAUGGAAGGUAUGUUCAGUAGUGUGGGUGGUGCUAUCGGUAGUACCAUCGCCGCCGCCAUCUGGACAGGCUUGUUCCCCAAGGCGUUGGCUAAAUACCUGCCUGCGGAAUCACAAGGAGAUCUCGCCACUAUCUACAGCUCCCUCACAGCACAGCUCUCGUACCCUGUCGGCUCUGCGACUAGAGAUGCUAUUGUCGCCGCCUACGGUGAUGCCCUCAAGUGGAUGUUCGUCGCUGCUACAGCCAUUACCGGUUUGGGUCUUGUAGCCACUGCUGUGUGGAGAGACAUCAAGGUGAAGGAUUUCAAGCAGGUUAAGGGAACUGUCAUCUAAACCAUCUAAACUCAUAUAUGCGUCACUAAUCUCCGCGAAACGGUUGGGUGCAGGUUUUGGAUAAUGAAAAGGGGUAAUAGAAGAUACCAGGUCGGGGGAUGAUGCAUUGAUGACGGGGAUGGACGAGUCUAACGUGUCUGACACUGUAAGAUGAUACCGUGAUAGAAUUACGCUGCCGGUUGGUUCACUGAAUCACGCUCAUUAGAAUCUAAUAAUGUCCAAUUAAAAGUUUUAUGUCUGUUAUACUUCUAUGGGAUCUAGCAUUAGCGUGGUUAAUGCACCGGUGGGCAAGUGCUUUGGUAGAGUUAGUCUUGGUACUCUAGUUGGAAUUGUAUGUAGAUGAUGCCUACGUGCAGAAUCAAGCUGAAACAAUA